AUAAAAAAAUACGAAGCUUAACUUCUUUCAGGAGAGAUUCACUCGAAUCCGGAUCCGAAUUACGGCGACUGAUCUUAUCGUGACGGCACCGGAAUUUUCGGAGAGAUAGAGAGAAGCAGCUACUCCCUUCACUUACGGUGGUUGUUGUACAAAUGGGUUGCGUUAGCUCGAAGCAGACGGUCUCUGUUACGCCUGCGAUCGAUCACUCUGGCGUCUUCAGAGACGAUGAUAUUAAUGAGUGUUCUGGAUCGGGUCGGGUUGUCUUGGAGGUUCCGCCUCGCCCGACGUUGAAGAAGCUCGUCUCGUGGAGGAGUAAGAGUGGGAAGAGGAGGAGUCAGAAGAGCGGUAGUGAGUUGGGGAGCGAGUCGGGGCGUGCUAGCGACUCGCUGAGUUUCAGGCUCGGCAAUUUCAGCAGAUACCUUGAAGCUGAGCAGGUCGCUGCUGGUUGGCCUGCGUGGUUGAGCAACGUUGCUGGUGAAGCUAUCCAUGGUUGGGUUCCGCUUCGAUCCGACGCUUUCGAAAAGCUCGAGAAGAUUGGACAAGGUACGUAUAGCAGCGUGUUUCGUGCGGUAGAGACUGAAACUGGGAGGAUUGUGGCAUUGAAGAAGGUGAGGUUUGACAAUUUUGAGCCUGAGAGUGUUAAGUUUAUGGCAAGAGAGAUUUUGAUACUUAGAAGACUUAAUCAUCCCAACAUUAUCAAACUGGAAGGUUUGAUCACUUCAAAACUGUCCUGCAACAUACAACUCGUCUUCGAGUAUAUGGAGCAUGAUCUUACUGGUCUCCUUUCUUCUCCUGACAUCAAAUUUACCACACCACAGAUUAAGUGUUACAUGAAGCAAUUGUUGUCUGGGCUUGAUCAUUGCCAUUCACGAGGCGUGAUGCAUCGGGACAUAAAGGGUUCAAAUCUUUUGUUGAGUAAUGAAGGAAUACUAAAGGUGGCUGAUUUUGGGUUAGCAAACUUCAGCAAUUCUUCUGGGCACAAGAAGAAACCUCUUACCAGUCGAGUUGUGACUCUGUGGUAUCGUCCACCUGAACUUUUGCUCGGGGCAACGGACUAUGGAGCAUCUGUUGAUUUGUGGAGCGUUGGUUGUGUUUUCGCUGAGCUGCUUCUUGGAAAACCUAUUCUCCGGGGAAGAACUGAGGUUGAACAGCUACAUAAAAUCUUCAAACUGUGUGGAUCUCCACCAGAAGAUUACUGGAAAAAGUCCAAACUUCCCCAUGCAAUGCUUUUCAAGCCUCAGCAAAACUAUGAUAGUUGUCUCCGGGAAACCUUGAAGGAUUUGUCUGAGACUGAAAUCGAUCUGAUAGAAACACUCCUUUCAAUAGAUCCCCACAAACGUGGUACUGCCUCUAGUGCCCUUGUUUCACAGUAUUUUACUACGAAGCCUUUUGCUUGUGAUCCCUCAAGCUUGCCAAUAUACCCACCUAGCAAGGAGAUAGAUACAAAGCAUCGGGACGAAGCAACAAGGAAAAAAAUUAGCGGGAAUGGGAGACGUGGUGUAGAUGCGAGGAAGCCAUCACGGAACGCCCAUUCAUUCAAUAAAUUGGCACCAGUUGAGGACGCACAGAACCAAACUGAAACUUUUCACAAACGAAUUGGUCAUUUAGUUCAUAAUUCGAUUGGAAGUGAUGCCAGGUUAUGUGGGAAGCUGCAAAACCCAUUAGAUCACAAGAAAGACGAAGCUUCCCAUAUGAAGAAUGCCUCACAAGGAGAUGUACCUUUCUCAGGGCCAUUACAAGUCUCUAAAUCAAACAGUUUUGCUUGGGCGAAACGAGAAAAGGAUGAUGUAUGUGUUAGGGUACAUAAUCGAUCGCUCUCAAGAGGUCACAUUCGUAACUUGUCGGGACAUUCGCCCGCCUUCAAUGGGAAAGGUAAUGUUGGAUCUAAGAUAAAUAAGAACGAAAACGAGGACAAGACAGAUUCUCAAGGCCAUGAGUCAUAUGAGAUGGUAAAGCGUUCUAUGCUGCAGCAGUGGAGACAACUUGAACGUCCAGAUUCUUUUGGUGCGUCUGACGAGUAUCACUCGCAAGAACUCUCACUGGGACUCUAUCAGAGAGAUGAAAUGGCAACAAAGCUGGGUAAUAAUUUGGUUGAUGGAGACAAGAUCGAAUUCUCGGGCCCUUUGUUGUCUCAAUCUUAUGGAGUUGAUGAGCUUUUGGAACGUCAUGAACGCAACAUUCGCAAGCUAAUUCGAAAACCGUGGUUCCAGAAAGAUAAGAAACAGGGGAAGUGACUGUAAUCACAAAUGUCGCAAGGAGAUGGAGAAAAGAGCUCCAAGCACUCUAGAGAAACCACGUUUGGAUCUUCAGGACCUGUGACUAUCAAGCAAGAUGUAGAGAAGGAGGCCAUUAAGCAUUCUUUUGUUGUUAAUUAUGUAUGAUUUAUUCUUUAAGUUAUAAUAUGAAGGUGUACUUUUUGAGAGCCUAUUCACGUAUUAUUUGAUUCAGAGGCAACAAUGUACAGAGCUCAGUUCCUAGAAUAUUAUAAGCAGUGUCUGUAGGCAUUUAUAUAGACAGCUCUAUGCUUUCUUUAAGUCUAGAUGUACGACAGAUUUAUAUUAUAAAAUACACAACUGUAUUAUACAAAUAUAGGACCAUCUUCUUUUUCA